GGUGGAGCCGUGAAGCUGCACGAGCUGAUGAUGGCCUGGCCAUCAUCAUAUAAAGAGCCGCAGCAGCCGAAGUGGAAGCACAGUUACGACUACGUUUUGGAUUAAACAACACAUGAAAAUGCAUUUUGAAAAUACCAAAUUCAUCUUGCUGAUCUGCAGCCUGACAAUUGCGGUCUGUCAAGCCGACUCCAUCGUCAUCUGCGGCGAUGGCUUAGCCGAUAUGCUGAUGCGCAUCUGUGAGAAUGGCUACAACACCAGAUUUAAGCGAACAGGCGCUAUUCUGCCGGAUUAUAAUGCUAUCGAUUCGGAGAAUAACGCUAAUGCUUUAGACAACUUUGGAGCCUACUCGAGCAUCGAUUAUCAGAGACAACCGCUGCUCUAUGCCAUGCUGGGCGAGAGUGCUCGUCAUCAGCUGCUUUCGACCCGACGACGUCGAUUUAACAUUGUCGAAGAGUGCUGCGAUAAACCCUGCACAACUCAAGAGCUCAAGAUGUACUGCCGUUAAACUGCCUCCCAAACAGUCAAAGACCAAAGUUCAUAUAGAAUACUUUGCAUUGGACUUAAUUAAGCUAAUGUUACUAUUGUCACACAGCCAAAUGUGCUAAGAGCUAAUUACGAAAAUAACUAUUUUAAAUAAAUAAAAUAUCCUAACUAUUUUUAGUGGUAGUAUGAAAGAAGUAAGAAUGAUGCUUGCUACCGAUUUCGAAUAAAAGCAAAACAGUGCAGUGUUAUUCUUUAAAAUUACCAAAUAAAUAAACGUAAAUAUACUAAAUUA